AUGGCUCCAGUCGACAAUGAAUUAGACCCAAUCUCAUCGAGCCCGAAUGAGGCAGUUCAACAGAUCGGCGGCCUGAAAGAACUCGGCCUCCUUGGACCCUCUCUCGACCCUGCGACUCGGGGCGGCGCGAUCAAGGAACUCCGCAUGGACAACAUAUGCUGUUCCGCCCACGGUCUUUCACUUUUGAUCACCGGUGUCAAGGAUGGCGGACGCCACACCGUCCUGUUCGACACUGGACCGGAGGAACACAUCUUCGAGCUCAACGCCAAGCGCCUCAAAGCACCACUAGGAGAUAUCGAGACGGUCCAGCUCAGCCAUUGGCAUCGCGAUCACUCUGGCGGUAUGCCUAAAGUGCUUUCCAUGGCGAACGCCAUGAAGGCACCCGGGUCCGCACCCAUAACCGUAGAUCUCCAUCCUGAUCGACCAGACUACCGCGGCAUCAUGGCCAUGGCACCCGUAUCAUUAGAAGCAGAUCCCACGUUCGCUGAGAUCGAAGCAGCAGGUGGCAAGGUCGACAAGCACGAUGAGGCGCACAACAUAGCAUCCAACUUCUUCCAAGUCUCCGGUGAAAUUCCCCGCACAACGAAAUAUGAAGGGGGCUUGAAGAGGGGUGUAAGGUAUAUGGAAGCGGAGGGAAAGUGGAAGGAAGAUACUCUGAUCAAGGAUGAGAGGUUCUUGAUCUGUAAGCUCAAAGAACUCUUCACCUGGUCGCGGCACACGCUGAUAGGAGUGGCGAUAGGCAAAGGUAUAGUAGUCUUCACGGGCUGCUCGCACGCCGGCGUGGUCAACGCCAGCCGCCAUGCUCUUACUCUGGGCAAGGGCACUCCUCUCCAUGCAGUGAUGGGAGGCUACCAUCUUGCGGACAGCGAGCCAGAGGCAAUCUCAAGUACAGUAGCUGAUCUGAAAGCUUUGGAGCCGACUGUGCUUAUCACUGGCCAUUGUACAGGCUGGCGAGCAAAAUUUGCCAUCGAGCAGGCUAUGCCUGGGAAGCUGGUGCCCAGUUUUGUUGGUAGUCGUUUAACGCUUUAG